GAAAGAAAACACUGUAGACAGUUUGCGUCCUGCUAACCUGAAACGCCAUCUUAAAUAGAAAGGGGGGUUUAAACCGGGAGAAAACAGAGGAAGGACCACUGGGGGAGUUACAUUUUUAUUUUCUCUUGUUUUUUAAUUACUGGAGUCGUCGAGUUCUGGUACAGUACUUGUCAUGGCUUUGCGCGUUUCCAAGACAAAAUAGAGCGACAUACGUGAGGGGAUCGCUGAGGCACUUAGCCUCUAGCCUGCUAGCAAGGGGGAGGGGCGGGGGUUUUGAGGAUUUUUUUUUUUUCCGCAGCCGAAGUUGUUUGUUUAUGUUAUUCCAUUCGGACAUGUCCUCUUCAAACCCAGAGUUACCAGACCCAAAUCUGGGUAUGGGAGCAAGUGGAACCCAAGCAAGUGGUGGAGCUGUUGUACCAAAAGGGACCAGCAAAAGACGAGCUGCCUCAGACUUUGAUGACGACAUUGAAGGCAACAAGUUGUUCAGGUGUGACGAUGAAACAGCAGGUCCCAACAAUGACAAAGAGCGCUUUGCCAGGUUUUUGGAAGAAGAUCAGAGUUUUGCAGAUAAGGAAAAACUAGCCAGGGAGAAUCACAGUGAGAUUGAGAGGCGGAGGCGAAACAAGAUGACUGCCUACAUCACAGAAUUGUCAGACAUGGUGCCGACCUGCAGUGCACUAGCACGGAAACCAGACAAACUCACCAUCCUACGGAUGGCUGUGUCACAUAUGAAGUCUCUAAGAGGAAGUGGCAACACCAACGCAGAUGGGUCAUACAAGCCUUCUUUUCUCACUGACCAGGAACUGAAGCAUCUCAUACUGGAAGCAGCCGAUGGCUUCUUGUUCGUGGUGUCAUGUGAGACUGGCCGCGUUGUUUAUGUCUCUGACUCUGUGACACCCGUCCUCAACCAGUCGCAGUCUGAAUGGCUCGGCUCCUCCCUAUAUGAUCAGCUACACCCAGAUGAUACAGAAAAGCUCAGGGAGCAGCUCUCUACGGCAGAGAAUAAUAGCACAGGGAGGAUGUUGGACUUGAAGACAGGGACAGUUAAGAAGGAAAGCCAGCAGUCGUCAGCCAGAAUGACUAUGGGAGCUCGUCGAUCCUUCAUCUGCAGAAUGAGGUGUGGCUCUUGUCCUGUGGAACCAUUGUCCAUGAACAGACUGAACUUCCUUAGGAACAGAAACAGGAAUGGCUUGGGUGCAGCCAAGGAAGGGGAGCCCCAGUAUGUAGUGGUCCACUGUACAGGAUACAUCAAGUCCUGGCCCCCUGCAGGGGUAUCAUUAACAGAUGAUGAGGCAGACAACACUCAGGGGAGUCGCUACUGUCUAGUUGCCAUUGGGAGAUUACAGGUGACUUGUUGCCCUGCUGACUCAGAUAUCAACAGCAUCAGUGUUCCAGUGGAGUUCAUCUCACGCCAUAACUGCCAGGGCAUGUUCACCUUUGUAGACCACCGCUGCUUGGCUGCUGUUGGCUAUCAGCCGCAGGAAUUACUGGGGAAGAAUAUUCUCGAACUUGCCCACCCUGAAGACCAGGGCUUACUGAGAGACAGCUUUCAGCAGGUGGUGAAACUGAAGGGCCAGGUCCUGUCAGUGAUGUUUCGAUUUCGCUCUAAAUCAAGAGAGUGGCUCUGGAUGAGAACCAGCUCCUUCACCUUCCAGAACCCAUUUUCAGAGGAGAUUGAGUAUAUCAUCUGUACUAAUGUCAAUGUCAAAAACUCAACACAGGACCCCCUCACUCCCAUCUCUUCCCCAGGGGGUUCGCUGCCCCCCUCCCUGGGCCAGAACAGCCCAAACUGCCCUCCUGUAGUGCUCAGCCCUGGGCAGGUGGCCACCAGGCAGUUACAACAACAGCAGCAACAGGCCGAGCUCGAGGGAGGCGGAGCCAGAGAUGGCCUGUAUGAGGCUGGACCAAUCACCCUCUCACAGAUGCAGGGGCAACCAGUGACAGCAGCAGGACCGGACCACAACAAGAGCCUUGAGAAACCAGAGCUCUACCCCUCACUUUUUCAAGGGCCAGAUCAGACCAGGGUCACACCCCCUGCCCCCAGUCCCUCCACACAGAUCUACUCUCCAGCCAACAACUUCCCUGCUGGUCGCUCCAGUGAUGUGUACAGCAGAUCAGUCAAUAUGACCUCACAGGUAACUCCACAUAUGGCACAGCCAGGCCACUCAGCAGGGCAGAUGCUGGCUCAGAUGUCUCGUCAGAAUGGAGUCCCGCACUCAGUUACUCCCUCCAACACUGCAGCCCCGCUACAUGGUGGACCAGCAGGAGGUGGAUGGGCUGGAGCUGGAGCUAGACCACAAUUUAAUAACCAGCAGGUGGCUCCACAGGCAGCAAAAACCAUGUCUCCACAAUUUACUCGAAUGGGUGGUUUUGGAGGUGGCUCUUCCAACUCUUUUGACCAGUUGCCUACAGGUGCUUCUCCCGCCACAACCAGUGGCACAAACUACCCGCCAAUUAAUGUGCGUGCCAGCCUCAACACCAACGGUUAUGAUGGCUCUCAGUCUGGGGCACAGUUCCCCUCUCGAGCAGCGGAGGCAGUGUGGCCCCAGUGGCAAGGCCAGCAGCAUUCACAGAGUAACGCAGAGCAGCAUCCUAACGCUCAGGGCAACCAGCAAGAUAUGUUUCCUGAUGUGUUGUCUAUGCUGGACCAGCCUGCGAACUUCAACAGCGAUGACUUUGAGAUUCCCAUCUACCCUCCUUUUAAUGAGUGACCUGGUCAAUACUUUUCUGCUGUGUUCUUGACUGUUUUUUUUUGCCAUCAGUCUGUCUCAUAUUUAGCUUUUCUGCUCGUCUUCUCUUCCUGCUCCUGAGAGAAGCACUCUUCCCUUGCUUUGCAUGGCUUAAAUUGCACUGUCGCAAGCCAGUUAAAGACGGAGGGAUAUAUCUGACUGGAGAUGUAUUGGGGAGGAAAAUCAAGGAUUUGCUACUGACUGAUUAUUUUCACAAUAUUCCAGCCAUUGCAAGAGAGUUCUCUAGCUAGCACUGCCCAAAGCUCAACAACUGAUGUUGUAGAUAUGUGAUAUAAAUAUAUAUAUAAAUAUAUAAAAGCGCACAAUCACAAGACCACACUUGAAUAGAGUGCACAAAAACACUCUCUUACACUCUGGUAAAAACACACACACACACACAAAGGCCUUUUAUUUUAAUAUGUUCCUAGUUUUACUCAGGCAUUGAUGAAGAGUGUAUUUUGCAGUUUUGCCCUUUAGCAUGUAGACUAAUCACUCCAGUUAUUGAUUUAAACUCUCAGGAAAUUGCUGGGAUAUACAGCUUUGAUUUUUUAUUUUUUUUUCUAAAAUUCCCCCUUUGUUGCAAGCAAACCCAACACUCUGUGCUAACCUCACUCACAGUUUUAAAUCCACAGCAUGUCUCUGCAUGUCGGCACUGCUUUCAUGGAGCGCUUCUACAGUAUUGAGUACAGUUUCCUGUGUACAUUGGUGGCUUCUCUUACAAAUUUAAUUAUUUCUUUUUUUUCUCUCUACAUGUGAGGGGUUUUUCUUCAUUAAAUGAUUUACUUCAACUGCAGGCACACAGUGUUACAGUGGCUGCAUACAGUUUGUCUUGGUGCCCAUUGGAAAUGUAUACAGUCUGUUUUUCUUUGCCUACAUAUAUACAGCGUGCAUGUGUGUAUGUCUGUAAAAAUGGAUGCAUACAAAAUGCAGUAUCAUUAUCAACUUUAACACAGUCGUAGGGUUUCUUACUUGCUUGUUUUUUGUUUUUUUUUCCUGUCACCCUGCAUUACCCCGUACCAAGUAUGGGCUUUUUGUACUCCUUUUGUAAAAGAAAUACAAAGAAAAAAACUGAAAAAAAAAGAAAUCGCACAGCAAUAAUUAACAAGCAGGAAUUGUGUACUCUUAAAGCCAUUCAUAAUUGUUAUAAAUGUUGUCCUUGAUUUAAUGUUAUUUUAAAAUGGGGAUAUGUGGUAGUAAUGUUUGAUUUGAUUGAAAGGUUUCCCUGUAUUUUAUUGUUAUUUUGAAACUUUUGAUGAUCUCUUGACCUCCCAAUUUCCUUUUCUGAUUGGUAUUUUAUUAAUGGUUUUAUCAGGGUAUUUUAGGAUUGAAAUGGAAUAAAUAGAGCUAAACACAACAUGAGCUGCAAGCGAGAAUCACCCAAAAGUUUUUAUUUAAGUGUUUUUUUUUGUCCUCCUGUUUGUGACAAACAUUUGGACUUGGAAUGAAUCUUUGCCAACCAGAUCUAAUCACUUGUGUUUUACAAUCAUUUUUUUGCUAAGUUUGUAUUAUAGAAGAAUGUUGUGGGAUGCAAGAUCAUGCUUCUAACACAUUUUAACUCUUAAUAUGUGAAAUUAGUUUAAAUUUGACCCUUUUUAUUACAGUUUUCCAUUGUCUGUGUGUAACACUCGCACACUCAUGAUGACAAAUGAUGUAUCUGUAUGUAAGCCCAUGCUAAUAAUUGUCUGGUUUUCAUCUUCAAGAGAGUGGUAUGGUGGUGACUGUGUAGUCUUUGUCAUUGUUAAUAACCUUUUUGGUUGCUCUGUAUCCAGGUUUUUUCAAUGAUGUGAACUUUUAUCACUCAUAGAAACACAAAUAUAUAAAUAUACUGUAUAUGUCUAUGAAAUGUUAAAUGAGAGAAAGAAAUGUUUGGUUUUUGUAUUAAAUUGAUAUAUUGUUGAAAAUGAA